AUGGCGAACGCAGGGGCUCAUGGGCCUAAGACGAAGCAGCGUCCCCCACCACCUCCAUUCUACAUCCCACUCAACAUCACCCUCUACUUAUGCCUAGUGGCCAAUAGCCUUGCGGCGCUGUUCUCCCCAAUCCAAGAUUGUGAUGAGGUGUUCAAUUUUUGGGAGCCUACACAUUACUUACAGCAUGGAUACGGACUUCAAACAUGGGAAUACUCGCCAGUCUACUCCAUCCGGAGCUGGCUAUAUGUGUCAUUGCAUGCCGCAGUAGGGAAGCUGGGGUCCAUGUUGGUGCACAGCAAGACAGCUGAAUUCUACACAAUCCGCUUGACUCUUGCAUUUGUAUGUGCUGCCUGUCAGACUCGGUUAUACUCUGCCGUCUGUCGCAAUCUGAGCCCCCGCAUCGGCCUCUUGUUUGUGAUGAUUGUUACGCUCAGCCCGGGCAUGUUCCAUGCAUCAACCGCCUUUUUGCCAUCGACCUUUACCAUGUAUAUGUCCAUGCUUGGCUUUGCUUCUUUCUUGGAUCGACAGAAUGGACGGAAGACAGCACAGAGUAUAAUGUGGUUUGGUCUAGGUGCAAUUGUCGGAUGGCCGUUCGCUGGUGCUUUGAUUGUUCCUCUUUUGAUGGAGGAGGUUGUUCUGGGCAUUGCUUCUAGAUCUUUUGCUUCGCUCUUCUGGUCUCUCUCCGAUGGUUCUGUCCUUUGUUUGUUCAUUGGGACUGUUGAGGUCGCAGUUGACUAUGCCUUCUUCCAAAAAAUUGUUCUCGUGCCAUGGAAAAUUGUUGCAUACAACAUCUUGGGAGGUGAGGGCAAGGGUCCAGACAUUUUUGGCACGGAGCCAUGGACCUUCUAUAUUCGAAAUCUCCUACUCAACUUUAAUGUCUGGUUCCUCUUUGCCAUGCUAUCUGCGCCAAUCCUGUUCAUGCAGACCAUCUCCAGGGCCAAAGGAACUUCUAUAAAGACAAUGCUGCGUUCCAUGGCCCUGGUCGCCCCUUUCUACAUGUGGUUCGGGAUUUUCUCAGCCCAACCUCACAAGGAAGAGCGGUUCAUGUACCCUGCAUAUCCAUUCCUGGCACUCAGCGCAGCUCUCUCGUUCCAUAUCAUCCUGACCUGGGUUGGAUCUACUAAUCCGAAGGAGCUGAUUGGACGUGUUCCGGCCAAACUCAAGCUUGCUCUAGCUUUGUCUGUUGUUCUGGUCGCUGUAAACGCUGGCAUGCUGCGUACCCUGGGCAUGGUUACGGCAUACGGUGCCCCGCUGAAGGUUUUCGAACCACUUCAGCAGGUGAAUGUCGCGCAGACAGGUGACUCGGUAUGUUUCGGCAAGGAAUGGUAUCGCUUCCCGUCAUCAUACUUCCUUCCCCAUGACAUGCGUGCCAAGUUCAUCCGAAGCGAAUUCCGAGGACUACUCCCGGGUGAAUUCCCGGAUGCACCUAGCUAUCUUGGGCGUCUGAAUGGUGCCUCGCAGGUCCCAUCUGGCAUGAACGAUCUUAAUAUUGAGGAUCCCAGUAAAUACGUUGAUAUCUCUCAAUGCUCUUUCCUGGUUGACACCUAUUUCCCUGGCCACGCCGCGACCGAGCUGGAGCCUAAUUACAUCCUGGACAAAGACAAAUGGGAGACUCUCUCCUGCUCAAGCUUCCUCGAUGCAUCCCAGACUGGUCUCCUAGGCCGAUUGAUCUGGAUCCCUGAUUUCCCUAUCAUCCCCGAUCGCUUCCGACGCAAAUGGGGACAAUACUGUCUUCUCCAGCGCAGCGCAGCCAAUGUAUAG